GAGCCAGGUUCCCGAGGCGCGGCGGCCGCGGCUGGGGGCGGGGAGGGGGCGCAGGACCCCGGGCGGGGGUCGCGGAGCCGCAGGGCCGAUCCCCGAGCGCCAUGGCGUCCUGUGCGGAGCCCUCGGCCACAGGCCCGGAGCCCACAGCCCCGCUACCGGCCGGGGUCCCUCUGGCUGAGGAUUUCGAGGUGCUGGAUGGGGUGGAGGACGUGGAGGCCGAGGACGAGGAGGAGGACGAGGAGGACGGAGAGGAGAGUGACCUGCCACCCCUGCUGGACGUCGGGAGCCCAGACCUGCUGGAGGACGAGCCACCGGGUGCUCUGGCCCGAGAGUUCCUGGCUGAGCCCGAACCUGAGCCUGAGCCGGCCCCGGCCCCAGAUGAGUGGCUGGACAUCCUGGGGAACGGGCUGCUGAGGAAGAAAACGCUCGUCCCCGGCCCACCAGGCUCCAGUCGCCCCUCCAAGGGCCAGCUGGUGACGGUGCGACUGCAGACGGCCCUGGAGAAUGGGACCCGCGUGCAGGACGAGCCUGAGCUGCUCUUUACGCUGGGCGAUUGCGACGUCAUCCAGGCCCUGGACCUCAGCGUGCCGCUCAUGGACGUGGGCGAGACGGCGAUGGUCACCGCUGACUCCAAGUACUGCUACGGCCCGCAGGGCAGCCGGAGCCCCUACAUCCCCCCGCACGCGGCCCUGUGUCUGGAGGUGACCCUGAAGACGGCGGUGGACGCCCCUGACCUGGAGCUGCUCUCGGGCCAGGAGCGCGUGGCCCUGGCCAACCGCAAGCGAGAGUGCGGGAACGCGCACUACCAGCGGGCCGACUUCGUGCUGGCCGCCAACUCCUACGACCUGGCCAUCAAGGCCAUCACCUCCAGCGCCAAAGUGGACAUGAGCCUGGAGGAGGAGGAGGAGCUUUUGCAGCUCAAGGUCAAGUGUCUCAACAACCUGGCAGCCUCGCAGCUGAAGCUGGACCACUACCGCGCGGCCCUGCGUUCCUGCAGCCUGGUGCUGGAGCACCAGCCGGACAACAUCAAGGCUCUGUUCCGCAAGGGCAAGGUCCUGGCACAGCAGGGAGAAUACAGUGAGGCCAUCCCCAUCCUGCGGGCUGCUCUCAAGCUGGAACCAUCCAACAAGACGAUCCACGCGGAGCUCUCGAAGCUGGUGAAGAAGCAUGCGGCGCAGCGGAGCACAGAGACAGCGCUGUACCGCAAGAUGCUGGGCAACCCCAGCCGGCUGCCCGCUAAGUGCCAGGGCAAGGGUGCCUGGUCCAUCCCCUGGAAGUGGCUGUUCGGGGCCACCGCUGUUGCCCUGGGGGGCGUGGCGCUGUCUGUGGUCAUCGCUGCCCGAAACUGACCUCCCAGGUGGCCCCGCUGCCCCUCUGCACACCGCGGACCCCUCCCCACGCUCCCUGACGCCCCAGCCCCCUGCCCCUGCCCUCUGUGCCCGAGCCCAUCCUCUGGGGGCAGGCAGCCAGGUCUGUGUGGGGUUAUGCAGCCCAGCAAGGGGGAAGGACAGAGGCCCACCGAGGGGAGACGCAGGUAGGCCGGGGAGCCGCCACCUCUGCUCACAGACCCCCCUGCCCAGCACCUGCCCAUGAGGUCCCACUGGGGGCUGGCCUCAGUUUCCCCUUCCCUACCCAGCCAGGGAGGAGCCCCCUUAUCCCCUUCCCCAGCUGCUCAGCGCCUGUCCCUCCUUCCCCGCCUGCUGCCCUCCCUCUGUCCAGAUGAAAUAAAGUCUCCCACGCACA